GCCGGAGGAGGAGGGCGACGGGCGGGAACGGGACUUGGCUGGCGGGUGGCGCAGAAGUUUCCUCCCGCCGUGCUCUCAUCCCAGCCGGCGCCCGUGCCAUGCUGGAGCGCUGGGGGCGCGCUGCAGCAUGAAGGGCGGCGAUCAGGCUUACACCCGAGGUCCCUCUUUGGGCUGGUUCUUUGCUAAGUGCUGCUGCUGCUUCCCCUGUAGAGAUUCUUACUCUCAUUCCUCCGGGGAAAAUGGAGGCAAGUCCGAAUCGGUGGCCAACCUUCAGUCUCAACACUCCCUGAACUCCAUCCACAGUUCGCCUGGUCCCAAGCGCUCCACCAACACCCUUAAAAAGUGGCUAACCAGCCCUGUGCGUCGGCUCAACAGUGGGAAAGCAGAUGGAAACAUCAAAAAACAGAAGAAAGUACGCGAUGGGAGGAAGAGCUUUGACCUGGGAUCACCCAAGCCUGGGGAUGAGACAACCCCUCAGGGAGACAGCGCUGACGAGAAGAGCAAGAAGGGUUGGGGCGAAGAUGAGCCAGAUGAAGAGUCACACACACCCCUUCCUCCGCCCAUGAAGAUCUUUGACAACGACCCCACCCAGGACGAGAUGUCCUCCUCUCUGCUAGCAGCCCGGCAGGCUUCCACUGACGUACCCACUGCUGCCGACCUUGUCAGUGCCAUAGAAAAGCUGGUCAAAAGCAAGCUGACUCUGGAAGGAGGCUCUUAUCGCGGGAGCUUGAAGGACCCCACAGGCUGCCUGAAUGAGGGGAUGACCCCUCCCACACCUCCUAGAAACCUGGAAGAAGAACAGAAAGCCAAGGCUCUGAGAGGCAGAAUGUUUGUCCUGAAUGAGCUGGUGCAGACCGAGAAGGAUUAUGUCAAGGACCUGGGCAUUGUGGUGGAGGGCUUCAUGAAGAGAAUAGAAGAGAAGGGGGUCCCUGAGGACAUGCGAGGAAAGGACAAGAUGGUGUUUGGAAACAUCCACCAGAUUUAUGACUGGCAUAAAGAUUUUUUCCUGGCUGAACUGGAAAAAUGUAUCCAAGAGCAAGACAGACUGGCCCAGCUCUUCAUUAAACACGAGCGGAAGCUGCACAUCUAUGUGUGGUACUGCCAGAACAAGCCUCGCUCCGAGUACAUCGUGGCCGAAUACGAUGCCUACUUUGAGGAGGUGAAACAAGAAAUCAAUCAAAGACUGACCCUUAGUGACUUCCUUAUCAAGCCCAUUCAGAGAAUAACCAAGUACCAGUUGCUACUCAAGGACUUCCUGCGAUACAGCGAGAAGGCUGGUUUGGAGUGUUCAGAUAUCGAGAAAGCGGUGGAGUUAAUGUGCCUUGUUCCCAAACGGUGCAAUGACAUGAUGAACCUGGGACGCCUGCAGGGCUUUGAGGGCACCCUAACGGCCCAGGGCAAGCUUCUGCAACAAGACACAUUCUAUGUGAUUGAGCUGGAUGCUGGCAUGCAGUCCCGGACCAAGGAGAGGCGUGUGUUUCUCUUUGAGCAGAUCGUCAUCUUCAGUGAACUGCUCCGAAAGGGGUCCCUCACCCCAGGCUACAUGUUCAAAAGGAGCAUCAAGAUGAAUUACUUGGUCCUGGAGGAGAAUGUCGACAAUGACCCCUGCAAGUUUGCACUCAUGAACAGGGAGACUUCAGAGAGGGUCAUUCUGCAGGCUGCCAACUCGGACAUCCAGCAGGCCUGGGUGCAGGACAUCAAUCAAGUCCUAGAAACACAAAGGGACUUCCUAAAUGCACUACAGUCACCCAUUGAGUAUCAGCGGAAGGAAAGGGGCACAGCUCUGGUCCGCUCCCAGCCUCCGAGGGUCCCACAAGCCAGCCCCAGACCCUACUCGUCUGUCCCUGUGGGCUCCGAGAAGCCCCCCAAGGGCUCCAGCUACAACCCGCCUCUGCCACCCCUGAAGCUAUCUACCUCCAAUGGCAGUCCGGGCUUCGACUACCACCAGCCUGGGGACAAGUUUGAAGCUAGCAAGCAAAACGACCUGGGAGGCUGCAACGGGACCUCAUCCAUGGCGGUAAUCAAAGAUUACUAUGCCCUGAAAGAGAACGAAAUCUGUGUGAGCCAAGGUGAGGUGGUCCAGGUCCUCGCCGUCAACCAGCAGAACAUGUGCCUGGUCUACCAGCCUGCCAGCGACCAUUCCCCAGCAGCAGAAGGCUGGGUCCCAGGCAGCAUCCUGGCACCCCUCACCAAAGCCACAGCAGUGGCAGAAAAUAGUGACGGGAACAUCAAGAAGUCAUGUUCAUGGCAUACUCUACGCAUGAGAAAGCGGGCAGAAGUGGAGAACACGGGUAAAAAUGAAGCCACAGGGCCUCGUAAACCCAAGGAUAUUCUGGGCAACAGAGUCUCUGUUAAAGAGACGAACAGUUCCGAGGAGUCUGAGUGUGAUGAUCUUGACCCUAAUACUAGUAUGGAGAUCUUAAAUCCGAAUUUCAUCCAAGAAGUGGCUCCAGAAUUCCUCGUGCCCUUAGUAGAUGUGACCUGCUUGCUUGGAGACACGGUGAUACUGCAGUGUAGAGUCUGUGGGCGGCCGAAGCCCACCAUCACCUGGAAGGGUCCAGACCAGAACAUCCUAGACACUGACAACAGUUCAGCCACGUCCACCAUCUCCUCCUGUGAUUCUGGGGAAAUCACCCUCAAGAUCUGCAACCUGAUGCCCCAAGACAGCGGGAUUUAUACCUGCAUAGCAACAAAUGACCACGGAACUGCGUCCACGUCAGCUACAGUUAAGGUGCAAGGUGUUCCCGCAGCCCCCAACCGCCCCAUCGCGCAGGAGAGGAGCUGCACCUCCGUCAUCCUCCGCUGGCUGCCCCCGGCCAGCACUGGGAACUGCACUAUUUCGGGGUACACUGUGGAGUACCGCGAGGAAGGUUCCCAGGUCUGGCAGCAGUCCGUAGCUUCAACCUUGGACACUUACCUCGUCAUUGAAGACCUUAGUCCCGGAUGCCCUUAUCAGUUCCGGGUCAGUGCCAGCAACCCUUGGGGAAUCAGCCUCCCCAGUGAAGCCUCGGAGUUUGUGCGCCUUCCAGAGUACGAUGCAGCCGCUGAUGGUGCCACCAUUUCUUGGAAGGAAAAUUUUGAUUCUGCUUACACCGAACUGAACGAGAUUGGCAGAGGCCGGUUCUCUAUUGUAAAGAAAUGCAUCCACAAAGCUACCCGCAAAGACGUUGCUGUGAAAUUUGUGAGCAAGAAAAUGAAGAAGAAGGAACAGGCUGCCCAUGAGGCUGCCCUGCUUCAGCACCUGCAGCACCCCCAGUAUGUCACUCUCCAUGACACCUACGAGUCCCCCACAUCCUACAUCCUGAUAUUGGAACUGAUGGAUGAUGGCCGACUCUUGGACUACCUUAUGAAUCAUGAUGAGCUGAUGGAAGAGAAAGUAGCUUUCUAUAUCCGAGACAUCAUGGAAGCUCUGCAGUACCUCCAUAACUGCAGGGUGGCACACUUGGAUAUAAAGCCUGAAAACUUGCUCAUUGACCUCCGGAUCCCAGUACCUCGAGUGAAGCUCAUCGACUUGGAAGAUGCUGUCCAGAUCUCAGGCCACUUCCACAUCCACCAUCUGCUGGGGAAUCCAGAAUUUGCUGCCCCAGAAGUGAUCCAAGGCAUCCCCGUCUCCCUGAGUACAGACAUCUGGAGCAUCGGGGUUCUGACAUAUGUCAUGCUUAGUGGGGUCUCCCCCUUCUUAGAUGAGAGCAAAGAGGAGACCUGUAUCAAUGUGUGCAGGGUGGACUUCAGCUUCCCUCACGAGUACUUCUGUGGCGUGAGCAACGCAGCCAGGGAUUUCAUCAACGUCAUCUUACAGGAAGACUUCCGGAGGCGGCCCACGGCAGCCACGUGCCUGCAGCAUCCAUGGCUGCAGCCCCACAAUGGCAGCUACUCCAAAAUCCCCCUGGACACCUCCCGCCUGGCCUGCUUCAUAGAGCGCCGCAAGCACCAGAACGACGUGCGGCCCAUUCCCAAUGUCAAGAGUUACAUCAUCAAUAGGGUGAACCAAGGGACCUAGCCAUCCCCCAGCCCCUGAGGUUUCACAUAGAAGUGCGGUGUGAACCAAAGCAAGACUGAGCGUGUCUGUAAAUAGCUGUGUUCAUCAUUUCACUCCAUGUGGUUCUCUGGAUUAAGAGGUGGUUCCCUUAAACCUUGUCUGUGGUUCCGCGGGGUCCGAGUGGCAGAAGAGUGACCCUAAUCCCAGGAGCAUUCCAGAAGGUUCUGCCGAAGAAAUAAACAUGCAGAGCUGCAGGAAGUAUUAAAGAGGAAGGGCAAGGCUGACAAGAUAGUAGUCAGUAGAAAAUGUUAAUUGUACAUUCCAAAAUGGGUGGUUAAGUGGGCAAGCCGUCUACCCCACCGUGAGGAGGAUAGUCGGUUUCUGACUCCGUUGAAAAUUUACGCUAAAAGUUCUAUUUAACAGAGAUGUCAACUAUUCUGCUUUAGAUGGCUUAGAUAUAGUUUCUUAACAGGAUACAUAUACACAUACAGUAUACUAGAUCCCAUUCAGGUUUCAGAGUUUUAUAAUAUAGAGUUCUAUAUGAAAUCAAUCCUAGGUAACUUUGAGUGCUCCCGUUAAGACAGUAAUUUAUUUACCGAAGCAUUGCAUUAUUUUGACUAAGCACAAUUAGACAAAUUUUUUAGAGCAUUUUAUAAAUCUUGUAUAGAAAUCUUUUAUCAGAACCUGUGUAUUAAGAGAAAGCAAUGUGACCCUUUUCAGAUCUGUGAAUGAGAUACUGUCCCCCUCCAUCAUGGGUUGUUUGAGUAAGAGAGGUUCUGUUUAUCGAAAGUUCCCGCUGAACUCUCUAAUCGCUCAGAGUUCUUCCUGUGGGAAAGCCGGGAAAUAGGUCCAAACCUAGUAAGAGUUGGGGGGUUGUUUCUUAUGUUCACACCAGGCCUGACGUAGGUAGAUGGAAAUCAUGAGUCCAUACAAAAGGGCACAUAGAAACUUUUCCUACAGCUCCUAUGCGCCACGUAGCAGUUCUUUCUGGUCGCAUAACUGUAGAAUACGGUUUCCAGAAAGUUAGCUCGCUUUAUUCCUAACCCCUCAUGAAGCUUUAGGGUGCUUACCAAAAGGAGGCAGCCAUAUAAGCCUUUUAAAGGCUAGUCCUAAGUCCUUUCUCAAGCCAUGGAGCAAAGCCCGACCCAGCACUCUAACACAGCAUGGGUUCUUAACUGGGAUAGCAAUACCUAACACCACACAGCCACCAACGUCUCUGGACUAAAAGGAUUAACUGCAUUCGAGGCCAAUGCUGCUUUCUCCAUACACGAUUAUUCACUGCCCGGUGCCCUCUGGAGGGAAAACAAAUUAACCAGGGCACUUCAUGGGUUUUGUUUUGUUUUUUGAGGGUUUUUUUUUUUUUUUGUUGGAGGGAGUGGGGGAGUUUUUGUUACUUUGUGUUUGUACAUGAUCCACCCUUUGUUUUCUAGAGUGUGUUUUUAAAAAUGCUUUUAUGCAAAUAAUAUUCUAAAAAUAUAACUCAAGUGUUUGUGUAAAGCAGGCUUCAUGUCCUCGUGUCUCUCCUGCUAGAGGGAUUGAGAACCUGAAAUCGUGUAGCACAAAGUGCAAUCGGAGAAUCUGGGGAGGGAAAGGAAGCUGCAAAACUGUUUUAACUAUUUCAAGAAGAAAUGAUGGGAACAGUCUGAACUUUUUGUAUAAAAACACGUAUUCCCAUGAUGGAAACAGAGAAUUAAAAUACUCAUUUUCCCACCCACCCCCAGUGGUUUCAAAGCCAAAUUACUCAUCACCCACCCUCCAUCUCAUCUCAUCUCAUCCGAGAUUAUAGAGUAAUACAUUAGUGAAAAGCAAAAGCAAUAAGAUUAGCUAGCACCUAGUACUUUGGGGAUUAACCACAUAUGUGGAAACCGACUCUGACUGUAUAGUUUCCUGGUCUUCGGGUGGCCCUGGGUCAUCAAGCCUCACUCCCACAGAGCUUGCUAACCCUCCACAUUCUUCACCUAAACCAUGAUGUAUACACACAUAUAAAAGCAUAUGCUAUGGUAUUUAAAACAUGCUUACUAAAGUCUUUAUGAUGAAGUGUAGCAUGAGGGAGGAAGGCCUGGGCCCGGAGGGCUUGUUGUGGGAUAAAGUGCAGCCUCUGAGGACUCCAGAGACCCAGAAAGAGACAUGGCCAGGUCUGUUCUGUCCAUUAUGGCUGCCUUGAGAGAGGGGCUUCUUGUGGCGUCACUUAGGAUUGUUAUGACUGGCUGAGUUUCUGCUAGGGAGGAAAAGAGCCCAGGACAGUGACGUUCAGAUGCCACAGAAAGGCCAUAUGGAACGCACGUUGUGAGGUGACAGAAUGCUAGGCAAAGCCAAAGUUUUCACAGCACGCUUGUGUCAGGGUUGGGGUGGUCCAGAUGUGGAGCUGCAUGGAGUCGUCUCGAGUACACAGGGAAGACAGGAAAGGAUGGAGGGGCAGCCCAAAUACAGCCGUUAGAACAGGGCAAGUGUCAGAGAGGUCGUGAGAGAGAGGGGACACACUUUCUACAGUUUGAGGACUGAAAUGAACAGGGAGGCCCCUAGCCACAAAAGCACCUGGUCCCUCCAACAGGGAACAAGAUGGUUUCGCUCAAGAAUUCUCCCUAACAAGCUGGGAAUUAGGAACAAUCCCAUUGAGGGGGCUAGGAAAUAAAGAAGAACCGGGAGCCCCGCUCCUGUACCUGUUUUGGCAGGGUGGUUUGUUACUAAGAAGAGGGGAGAGGAGAGAAAAUCUCCCACCCCUACCACCAUCCCAGUUGUUCUUACCGAGUGAACUGCCAGCCCCCAGGUUCCUCGUUUGGCGUGUAUUCAUCAUUUUUAGCUCCUUGGUUUUAUGUUAAAAGGGUGGGGUACAGAGUGAUGGGAAAGAUCAGGGCCAACCCACGAUCCUGAUGAGAAAUCUAAUAAUGUUUUGCGCCUUUUACAUUCGCUUCAGAUGAAGCAGAUUUCUCUCCACUUAGACCUGAAUGUGGUAAAAACUGCUAAGAACAACUUUGUGAUGUGUGAUGUAUCCUGCAGGUCUCUCCCAGCCACCGGCAACCUGAGUGGGGGUGGAGGAGGCCGAGGGGAAAGCUGGCCUCACAGCUUUGUGCUUUGCAAAGCCUUUACAGAUAGUAGUGCCUUUCGGAGGGGCAAUGGGGAGUGAAGAUGUCCGAUUGCAUUUGGAUUUGCUGAUGCUGCAGUAUUUUUUCCUUAGGUUUAAGAUAUCUUUUAAGUGAAAACAUCUGAAUGUAGGGCGAGACCAGGUGUUUUUGAGUACUGAUCUCAGCUAUCCCAAAUUUCGUUCUUUCUUGUUUCUGCCCCCAUAUUCCCAUUGAUAAGAUGGAAUUUGGGGAGAUGGAGAGAGAACAUUCAUCUCUUAAGAAUGUUGAGGAAGAUGUCCUAGCUGACACAUCUAUAAAAUAUUUUUGAUUUCCUUAAAGUGCUACACACUGCCAGUGGUAGAAUUUUAUUGACAAUAACUUUGAACAUUCCAGUUUCCCACAGUCUUAUCUUCAGAUUCCAUUUACAAACUCACGAGGUUAAACGCUGUCGAUUGCUUUUUAUUGGAAGUUCCAGGUGCUCCUCAUCUACACGUUAUUUGGUCUCAUUUUUAUAAUCUCCACCCUUUAAGAGCUUAUCUACAGAAAAGAUUAGGAGAGCUGCCGAGGACAUGAAGGUCCAUAAGCCAUUUUCUCCAGUAUUUCUUAUGGUAGACAUGAGAAUCUGACGCCUUCCAAGACAGCCAGCCCUUCCCUCUCUUCCCAAGCUAAUAGAAAAACUGUGUGAAGAACCCAGGCAGUUACUUUCCUCACCGGGAGGGCAGAUGUGAGGAUCGAACACCCUCCCAUGUCCCAAUUUGUUUCUUUAGAGUCUCACAAGAAUCUUCUAGAAAAGGCAAGUGGUUUGCAAGGGGGUAGGGAGAAGAUGGAUGGGACUUAGAGAAGGAGAGCUUUGGCUCUGGUCUUUCGAGAAUAAUCUCUCGUUGCCAAACCUCCAUGCCUGGGAGUCACUCGUUACUUUCUUUUUUCAUGCCUAUCUGGAAGAACUUGGAAAAAAUAUAUCUGUGAAAAUAUGAGGGAGAAAAUGCGAUACAAAGUAAACAGUGGUUAUUUUUCUAUGUUAAAUGAAACUCUCUCCUCUAGUCCCAAGAGAGGGGAAAUACACUGAACACAAAGGGUCUCUGUAGUAGGCAUGGUACCUGCACAUCACGUCCUACGGCAGCCCAUGUAUUGUACUGGGUGAGUUUUGAGGAAUGUAGACCGUGCUCCUUUGUUGCCUGGGUAACAUUCCAAUGGAGUCUGGAUGAGGCAAGCAUAUACAAGCUUUCAAGAGAUUUAUUUGUAAAAAGCACCUCAUGAGUAUUCUUUUCUAUUUAAAAACCUAAAUACCUUUAGGGGAGGAAUUAUUAGAGCCAGGUUAGGCUAAAGGCAAAGCUCACAUAGAGUCCGCCAACAGAAAAGAAGGUACUAUGAUAGUCAUUUUCUGAAAACCGCAAGGCUCUCAUUGUCUCAUUCAUUCUAAAGAGCUCAGAGGGGCUGGAAUUUGUCCAGAAACUUAGAUGCUUUGAUAGGAAAUGUUUUUCAUGAAAAAUCUAUAUGGAAAUAGAGUACAGAAAUAUUAUAUGGCCACAUUUUUUAUGAAAGACAUUUUCUCUUAUUUUUUAAUAUAGGUUGAAGUUAUAGGAGAAUAUAGUCAUUCUACUACAGUGCUUUAAUCUUUAAAAGUUAUUCAUUAAAAGCCUAAAAUUAGCGCUCCUAGGCUAUUGUCUUUUCUUAUCAGUCUGUUUGUUAAGAAAUUCCAAACUGUGGUCAGGUUUCGUUUUUAUCCAAAUGACCAACCUAACAGUUUAGUCAGAUAAACCUCCUUCAGCGAACGGGGAAGAGCAAGAAAACAUGUAAAUAACAAGUCUUGGAAUUCCUGAGAAUUAAUUUAACCAAGCCAAUUUGCCAGUCCAGGGAUAGGAGGUUUUCCCGCUUCCAUCAAGAACUAAGUUCGAAUCCUGGAGUCCCUGGAGACCAUUACUGUGACCUCAAAGACCGUGGCUAUGAACCUGAAGUUAACAAAGCAUUUGUCUUCUCCUACUAACUUAAGCCAUAACUAUCACCUCCGUGUUCAAUUUCUUUUGUUUUUAUUUUUUUACCCCUGGUGCUUUUACUUCUGUUUCUGCCAAACUUCAGACUACUGUGAGGAAGUAAAUAAAACUGGAAAAGGGACAAACAGGAAGACUGUGAAAAACUAAACACACCCUUGAGAAUGCUAUUUAUGCAGAGAACAGCAGCAGUUAAGGGCAAACUGUUGGCAAAUAUGGAUAUAUGUACAUCUGUACAUGUAUAUAGUGUAUAAUAUGUAUGUAUAUGUGAUUGCUCAUAUGCAGAAAUCUAUCCAUUUGCAGGCAGCCCAGGUGGGUCAGUUUUUCUACUGGAAAACCAUUUAGGACCAUUCAAAACCAUUAGGGAUAAUAUGUGGAGAAGUCUAUUCACAUGGGAACUAAUUUGAUGUCUUUCGAAGUCCAUAUGGCCAAACGAACAAAUUAUAAAACACAUUGGGACCGUUAUUUAUGUGAUUCUGUUUACUCAGAAUUCUAUAUUUGAAUUCGUGUGUGUGUGUGGUUUGUUUUUGUUGUUGUUUUAUUUUUGCUGUUGUUGUUUUGAGGCAAGGUCCCUCUGUGUAGUCCUGGCUAUCCUGGAACUCACUCUGUAGGCCAGGCUGGCCAGAGACCUUCCUGCCUCUGCCUCCCAAGUGCUGAGAUUAAAGGCAUAUGCCAUCAUGCCCAACCUAUAUUUGAAUUUUAAUAUCUAAUUUGCAAACCGUGCCCACACUUCAUGGUUUUGAGUGAUCCCUUCCCCCAAAGUCUUUUGAGAAUUUGUGGUGGGUUCCUCUGGCCAUUCAGCUAAAAGGCCUUAUUCAUAAGCGGACAGGUUUCCCCAUAGGGACCAUUACACAUAUACAUAUAAGUACCUGCUUCCACCAGGCUUGUGACAGUUGAUUCAAAAUCACUCCGCAGUAUUGGUAAAUAGCUCUAUAUUUUCAAGGUGCAGAAGAAUUCCACAGCCUUAAUUAUUUCAGUGUCUUGCUGGUCUGCCUUAAGUGUAUCUUCUGGGGUUUGGGGUUUUGGUUGUUUUAUUAUUUUAAAUCUUCCUGCAGUUGUUCAUUUUGUAUGCACACAAUGUUGUUUUGUAAAGGUAGGUUGUAAAUAUUUUAUUUCUAAGUCGGGUCCCUUCCGUGUAAUGUUGUAAAGUGCCGACCUGCUGUCUUGUUAUGAUUACUGCAGUACACGUUAUAAGUUGUGGAUGAAGUUUCAAAAUGUACAUUUCACAUGUUAUGCAUUCCUAUAAAUAUAAUAUACUGAAGAUACUA